AUGCGAAACUUCGAUGCUCCAAUGAACUAUGCCCAGCUGACCUCGUCUAGCGGCAUGUAUUCCGCAGACCAGUUCAUGAAUCCUGGGCCCGCCCCUCGCCCACCGACCGACCGCCCAAAGCUUAACCUCGCCGCAAGCUCCGGUGUAACAACGUCUUUCAAUCAAAUGAGCUUGGAUUCCCCAAGUACGCCGAGUGCCAACCUAUCGCUGUUCCCGAAUACCAGCAGCCCCUCUCUCGUGCGCACAAAGACAGAUCAAUCAGGGCAUGUCGUGGUUAAGGAAGGAUAUGUACGUUGCAAAGAGGACAAAUUCCUGGCUACAUGGAAUCAGCGUUUCUUGAUUCUUCGUGAAUCUCGAUUGGACUUCUUGAAAAAUGAGGCAGGCAAGAUUGUGCUCUCCAUCCCCCUUUCGGCCGUCACAGGUGUCUCUCGCUCGGAAGACACACGAAUGGCUUUCGAAAUUGUCCGUCUCGCGAAUCCGAAAGAUGCUACCUCCAAGGCGGCGCUAAUUACUCGCGAUGUCCCGACGAAGAGCUUGACGUGUGAGGUUAGGUCCGACGAAGAGAUCUACGAUUGGAUUGAUAAGAUUUACGAACGCUGUCCUGGAAUGGGGGGGGUGAGCAAUCCGACAAACUUCAGUCACCGUGUUCAUGUCGGUUUCGACCCGCGAACAGGAGCUUUUGUUGGUCUACCUCCGGAGUGGGAGAAGCUUCUGACUGCGUCCGCGAUUACCAAGGAAGACUACAAGAAGAACCCGCAAGCAGUCAUUGAGGUCUUGGAGUUUUACUCCGACAUUAAGAUGCGUGAACAAAACCCACAGUAUUAUGCCGGCCUGGGCGCGCCAGCUGGUCAGGCAAAGCCGUAUGGCAACAACACCGUAGGCGGCUCAAUCGCUCCCCCAAGGCCACCCCCGCCAGCCCCUGCGCAACGCUUGGACAGUGGUCAAUCCUACUCUAGCCGCUCUGCCUCGUCUGGCCACUCACCAAGCAAAUCUGGCUCUGAUAGGACUCUUGACCAGCAGCAGCAGCUAGAAAGGAUGAAGCAGAUGGCUGACCAGGAGCGUCAACGCGUAGAGGAGGACCGCCGCCGACGCGAAGAGGAGCAGAACCGACUUGAACAGGAUGCUUACAACGCUUCUCUUCCUAAAUCUCGUGUUCCUCUCGCUAAACAAGAACUGGGAGGAUACGGAUCGCCCGACCCAUCAAUGAAUGACCGUUAUAAGCCCAGCCGUCCUGCCCCGCAGGCGCCUGGCUCUGCCCGUCAGGCCCAAGACCCGGCGCGCCAGUUGACCGCUCAACGGCCGGCACCGUCCCCACCGACUGCAGGACAGAGACCUGGAGACUAUUCAUCCAGCGGCGCAUCACGCGCUCCAGGUUAUGACCAGUCCAGUUCGAGAUAUGCUCCCCAAGAUACUCGUACUCAAGCGUCGGCUGCUCGUGCCCAGAACAAUGGAAAGACGCAAGGCCCUCCUCCCAGCAAGCUUCCUGCACCUGUGCAACCUGUCAAGCCCUUGAACAUUGCGAAUAAACAGGCGCCUAAGAAGGCCACUCCGGAUGGAGUCCGUCAGGCGGAAGCUGCUCUGACUAAGAAGGCCGAUCCCCAUAAGAAAGAAGUCCGCAUGUCGGCUAUGAGCGAGAAUGAAGUUAUGGACAGGUUGAGGUCGGUUGUGUCUAAGGACAACCCCAACGAGAGCUACAGCAAACAACGAAAGAUUGGACAGGGUGCUUCUGGAUCCGUAUAUGUUGCCCGGGUCAAGGAAAAUGCCACCUCCGGUGUCGCUCGGGAGCUAUAUCGGCAGUAUGGCCCACGCUGCCAGGUUGCAAUCAAGCAGAUGGACUUGCGCAGUCAGCCGCGUAAGGAGCUGAUUGUCAACGAGAUUAUUGUCAUGAAGGACAGUCAACAUGCAAAUAUUGUGAACUUCUUGGACUCCUUUCUCCAGGAGCAAAGCAAUGAGCUCUGGGUGGUCAUGGAGUUCAUGGAGGGUGGUGCUCUCACUGAUGUUAUCGACAACAACCGUGUUAUCCAGGAAGACCAAAUUGCUACAAUCUGUGCAGAGACCUGCAAAGGAUUGGCCCACUUGCAUAGUCAAAGCAUAAUCCAUCGCGACAUCAAGAGUGAUAAUGUUCUUCUUGAUCGAGCUGGCCAUGUUAAAAUCACCGAUUUCGGGUUCUGCGCUAAGCUCACUGAAACGAAAAGCAAACGUGCUACAAUGGUCGGUACUCCAUACUGGAUGGCCCCUGAGGUCGUCAAGCAAAAGGAAUAUGGCCCCAAAGUUGACUGCUGGUCAUUGGGUAUCAUGGCUAUUGAGAUGAUCGAGUCCGAGCCUCCAUACCUGAAUGAGGAACCCCUCAAGGCUCUGUACCUUAUUGCUACUAAUGGUACUCCUCGACUCAAGGCACCGGAGAAGCUCAGCAAGGAACUCAAAUCCUUCCUGAGCGUCUGUCUAUGCGUAGCCGUGGACAGCCGUGCGACGGCACAGGAACUGCUGGACCAUGACUUCCUCAAGACGGGUUGCAGCCUCGCUAGCCUAGCAGAACUGCUCCGCUGGAAGAAGAACACUCAGUAA